AUGGCCUUCAAGUAUCUGAUCUUCGCCUCGGCCCUGUGCCUGAGUCUGGCCUAUCCGCUGGAGCACCAGUACUACGAGGAGAGCCAUGGCUACGAGCACCUGGCCCACCAUGAGGCAGAGCCAAUUCACGAGUACGGUCAUCACCAGCUCGAACGUAUCUCUCUGGGCGAAGACCAUGGACACCACCAGAUCGAGCAUGUGCAUCAUGAGCAGCCUCACUACGAGACCCACGAGCAUGAGGGGCAUGACGAACAUGUGGACUACUAUGCCCCUCCCAAGUACGCCUUCAAGUACGGAGUCAAUGACUUCCACACCGGAGAUGUAAAGUCCCAGCACGAGACCCGCGACGGUGACACCGUCAAGGGCCAGUACUCUCUGGUUGAGCCCGAUGGUUCUAUUCGCACCGUGGACUACACCGCCGACAAGCACAAUGGCUUCAACGCCGUGGUUCACAAGACUGCCCCAGUGCACCACCAUGAGGAAAUCCACGAUCAUCACUACUAA